GUGUACUUCGGCUUCGCGGGCCACUACUGGUACCGCUUCCUCGACCGCCGUUUCCCGCCCUCCGGCCGCCACUUCCUCCUCAAGAAGCUGUUGUGUGAGGCGGCCGUCGGUCCGCCGUUCGCCGCUACCGUCUUCUUCGUCGUCGGACGCAUUGAGUCGAAGCCGUGGCGAAAGUCUUGGGAAGAGUUGCGAACAAAUGUCGUCCUCUUGUGUCUCGCCGACUGGUGUUUCUACAUUCCCCUCCAAAGCGUGAACUUCUUGUAUUUGGCGCCGAAAUAUCGGAUUCUUUACGUUUCCUCUUUGGUCGCUCUCGUGACGGGCGGCGCCUCCGGUCUCGGGCGCGCCGUUUGUCGUCGUCUCGCGCGAAACGGCGCUUCAGUCGUGUGCCUCGAUUUGCGCCAAUCAGAGGCCGAGGACUCGGCUCUCGGCGUCCAAUCAGUGAAAGGCGACGUUCGGCGCGAAGACGAC